CAUGUGCCUGCCAUCCCAUUGGCUCCACCAAUCAGCUUCAGACCUGCGACCCUGGGAGCGGCCAAUGUGAGUGUCUGCCCCAUGUGAUUGGCCGGGAUUGCAGCCAGUGCGAGCCUGGUUACUAUAACCUGCAGCCUACAGUGGGGUGCCUCAGCUGUGCCUGCCAUCCCCUGGGAUCACGGAACAGUUUCUGCCAGAGUCGGACUGGGCAGUGUAACUGUCGGCCUGGCAUUGAAGGCCGGUCAUGUGACCGAUGCCAACGGGGAUACUUUGACCUCUCUGAGAGGGGCUGUCAAGCGUGCGACUGCUCUCCACUGGGAUCUGUGGGGAUGCAGUGCCUGGGGAAUGGCUCCUGCGUGUGUAAGACCGGUUUUGUGGGAAGGAGGUGUGAGCAGUGCCAGGAGAACUAUUACUACGAGGCCUUGACGUUUCACUGUCAGCUCUGUCCAACCUGCUACAGCCUGGUCCAACUCGAGGUAUGUUCUGGGGCCCACUUUGUGGGUCUCGUGGGUGAGAUCGAGAUGGCUCUGGCCAGGAUCGAACAGGAGCUGAGUAACAUCAGUCACAGUCUGGACUGUGAGGGCAGUGAGCAUAAACGCUGCAUUGUGGUAGCUGCCA